GGGAUUAAAAAACAAUUGAUUUUUUAAAAAAUAAUGUUAUUUGGUUUAUUCCAGUUGUUAAUGUUGACGGAUAUGAAAUAUUAAUGUAGAAUUUUGAUGAUGGAUAUAUAAAAAAGUAUAUCAGAAAAAAUAGAAAAAUCGAAAAAUAGUGUGAACAUAAUGUAUUGUAAGGAGUAGAUCUAAAUAGAAACUACCCAACAGCAUUUGGAAUUGAUGAUAUAGGAAGCUCUCCAGAUCCUUGUAGUAUAACUUAUAGAGG